AGGGGAUGAAGAACAUUUCACAGAAGAAUACCACCAAAGAUCAAGAUGAGUCAAUAAGGUUGACAGCACAACUUUCAUAGUUUUACAUGUUGUUUUCAUUGCGAAAAAGAAUGGUCCCUGUCUUUACCCUGGUGGGAUUGGCAAGGUCCCAGUGUCUUUCAAGGCAUCAAGAGUGUUGUCCUCCUUUGUAAACCACUGGUGGUUAUUGGUUAGCAUGCUAACACCGGAAAGCAUCGAACCAGAGAAGACAAGGCUCUUGCAUGAGAGAGGGGGGAUGAGUUGGCCUAUGUGGUAUGCACUACUGCAGGCUAUUAUCUGUCUAUGAUAGCUCACCACCUACAUUCAUGUGUAGAAGGGCUGCCAGAGUUCCAGUAAAUGUAGAGACCACCUACCUUGACUUUACCGGAAGAAACCAUACAUGGAUCGAUAGAAUUAUCAUAGAUAGUCAUCAUAGAAGUGAAGCCACACAGUUGUCCUCAGAAAAAAAACUGUCUAGUGUAUAUAACGGGGCCAGAUGAAUCAGAUCAUCCUGGAUCGUUUGACAAGCCCUCCAAACAUGCACACCAUGAACAAACUUCUACUCACUGUUCUCCUCACCUAUCUGGGACAUUCGGUUGCAUUUGGGGGUCAAAUUAUCAAUGGAAAAAAAGCCAAGAGGAAUUCCCUGCAGUACAUGGCCUCUGUGCAGAACGAUGAGAAGCACAUCUGUGGAGGAUUCCUGAUCACUCCAGACUUUGUGCUAACAGCUGCACACUGCAACAAAAGCAACUUGAGUGUUGUUCUUGGUACCCACAACAUCAAGAAGGGCCUCGGGAAAGCUGUCAGAUACAAUGUGGAACGCAAAUGCAAACCCAACUCAUAUAAAAAUGUAAAGGAUGGUAGUGACAUCAUGCUUCUAAAGCUGUCUAGGGAAGCUAAAUUAAGCAAAUCCGUGAACAAAGUGAGGCUUCCAACCAAGGAUAAAGUCCUCAAACCCAACACAAAGUGCCUUGCUGCUGGAUGGGGCCUCACAAAAAUAGAAGCAAUCAUUGACGACCUUCAAGUGGUGGACGUGGAAGCCAUUGAUCUGAAGGUCUGCCAGAAGCAGUGGGAUCACGUCAAAGUUCAUCUUCCUCCCAAUGUCAUCUGUGCAGGUGGAUACAUGACCGACAAAGGCACAUGUCAGGGGGAUUCUGGUGGUCCUUUGGUGUGCAAUGGAGAGGCAGUGGGAAUCGUCUCCUUCAACAUGAGGGGAAACUGUGCCUAUCCCAACGUGCCCAAUGUUUACACUCAGAUUUCCAAGUUCUUACCCUGGAUAAAGAAGGUCAUCAACAAGCAGUCAUGUUAGAAUGGAUACUUUGUUUGCUGCAAAAUUAUGCCUUUAGCUAUUACUUAUACCUGAGGAUAUUACUGAUUAUUUAGCUUGCUGUUAAUCUGUCUAAUGCAUUACCAUGUACUGUAAUGGAAAUAAAUGUGUUCUUAAUCAUUG